CUCGGCGGCCGCCCCGGAACUCGGCCAGCGCGCGGGGGCGGGAGGCGGGCGCUCAGAGCUGGCGGGAGCUCCGGCCGCCCCCGGGCCCCCGGCCAUGUCGGCCGAGGAGAUGGUGCAGAUCCGCCUGGAGGACCGCUGCUACCCGGUGAGCAAGAGGAAGCUCAUCGAGCAGAGCGACUACUUCCGCGCCCUCUACCGCUCCGGCAUGCGCGAGGCCCGGAGCCCGGAGGCCGGCGGCCCCGAGGUGCAGCAGCUGCGCGGCCUCAGCGCCCCCGGCCUGCGCCUGGUGCUGGACUUUAUCAAUGCCGGCGGCGCCCGCGAAGGCUGGCUCCUGGGCCGGCGCGGGGAGCCGGGAGGUGUCGGAGAGGAGGAGGAGGAGGAGGACAUGGACGAGGUGAGCCUGCUGUCCGAGCUGGUGGAGGCCGCCUCGUAUCUGCAGGUCACGUCCCUGCUGCAGCUGCUGCUGUCCCAGGUGCGGCUCACCAACUGCCUGGAGCUGUACCGCCUGGCGCAGGUGUACGGGCUGCCCGACCUGCAGGAGGCCUGCCUACGCUUCAUGGCCGUCCACUUCCACGAGGUGCUGUGCAAGCCCCAGUUCCACCUCCUGGGCUCUUCUCCUCAAGCCCCCGGGGAUGUCAGCCUGAAGCAGAGGCUGAGAGAGGCCCGGAUGACCGGAACUCCUGUCCUCGUGGCGCUGGGGGAUUUCCUGGGGGGACCCCUGGCCCCUCACCCCUACCAAGGGGAGCCCCCGUCCAUGCUCAGGUACGAGGAGAUGACUGAGCGCUGGUUCCCGCUGGCCAACAACCUUCCUCCCGACCUGGUGAAUGUCAGGGGGUACGGGUCCGCCAUCCUGGACAACUACCUCUUCAUCGUGGGCGGCUACAGGAUCACCAGCCAGGAGAUCUCCGCGGCGCAUUCCUAUAACCCCAGCACCAACGAGUGGCUGCAGGUGGCCUCCAUGAACCAGAAGAGGUCUAACUUCAAACUCGUGGCUGUUAAUUCAAAACUCUAUGCCAUUGGCGGGCAGGCCGUUUCUAACGUUGAAUGUUACAGCCCUGAGCAGGAUGUCUGGAAUUUCGUGGCACCCUUACCAAACCCUCUGGCUGAGUUUUCUGCGUGUGAGUGUAAGGGGAAAAUUUAUGUCAUUGGAGGAUAUACUACGAGAGACCGGAACCUGAACAUCUUGCAGUACUGCCCCUCCGCCGACACCUGGACGCUCUUUGAAACGUGCGACGUCCACAUCCGCAAGCAGCAGAUGGUGUCCGUGGAGGAGACCAUCUACAUCGUGGGCGGCUGUCUCCACGAGCUGGGGCCCACCCGGAGAGGCAGCCAGAGCGAGGACAUGCUCACCGUGCAGUCGUACAACACUUUCACCCGCCAGUGGCUCUACCUCAAGGAGAACACGUCCAAGUCGGGCCUCAACUUGACGUGCGCGCUUCACAAUGACGGCAUCUACAUCAUGAGCAGAGACGUGACCCUGUCCACCAGCUUGGAACACCGAGUCUUCCUCAAGUACAACAUCUUUUCGGACGGCUGGGAAGCCUUUAGGCGUUUCCCAGCCUUCGGGCACAACUUGCUGCUCUCCUCACUUUACCUGCCCAAGAAAGCGGAGACGUGACUGACCUGACUUAGCAUUUCAGAGAGACCUGGUUCAAGACCAAAAAACAAAAAAAAAGCAAUGUCCGAUUUCGAGAGAGACUGAUUUUUUUUAAAGGGAAAAUGUGGGUUUUAGGCCAUUUAUACAAAAGCUGUAAAUAGGCUUAC